ACCACAUGGAGAGCCCAAACACCAAAUCUUCUCAAAAGCUUGUGAGGAGCAGUUCACAAUCUCCAAUCCAAUCUCCUGGAAGAACAGUGAGAUCAAGUUCUCCUCUAUAUCAAUCGAUGAAAAAUAAUGAUGUGUUGAGAUAUGAGUCAAAGGAGAAAUCAGUUGACAAAAACAAGGCUCAACAAAAGUCAUUAGCAAAGGAUAAUAUAAAACCAGUGGAGAUCAAACUUCAUACUCAACAAAGAGCAAGAAGACGUGCUUUAUUCAAUUACUCAAUGGAAACCAAAUCUUACUUCAUAGAGCAACAGAAGAAAACAGUAGAGAAAGUACAAAAGAUGAUAGAAGAAGAAGAAGUUCGUUUGCUAAGAAAAGAAAUGAUACCAAGAGCUCAAUUGAUGCCAUUUUUUGAUAAGCCCUUCCUUCCACAGAGAUCAACAAGGCCAUUGACUAUUCCAAAAGAACCAAGUUUCAUGUUGAAUGGCAAAUGUUCUAGCUACAUGAACUUCUCAAUGUUCAACACUAUGAAGCAAGUCAAGUGAAUAGUCAUGAAGGCAAAAUGAAGCUAGUUUCAUAAUUGUCAAUGUUGUCUAUUGU